AGCUUACCCAGAAGCAGGAUAAAUGCCCAGCUGGCCCCCUGCUGAGGGAUGCCUGGCCGCUCACCCCCAUGGCCCCCUGAGACCUGCUCCGUGCUCGGACUUCCUCUGUUCUGCUGGGUUGAGACCUGCAACGGGGGUGGAAGCAAGGGGGCUGACCAGGACUCCCCCAGCCUGGUGUGCCCACAGCCCACAGCGUGAGGGAGUCUAGAAGCCAGAGGUCGCCGUGGGGUCUCUGCCAGCCUGGCCAUGAACCUGGAGCCACCCAAGGCCGAGAUCCGGUCAGCCACCAGGGUGACUGGGGGGCCCAUCACUCCCAGAAAAGGGCCCCCCAAAUUUAAGCAGCGGCAAACCAGGCAGUUCAAGAGCAAGCCCCCCAAGAAAGGCGUCCAAGGGUUUGGGGACGACAUCCCUGGAAUGGAAGGCCUGGGAACAGACAUCACGGUCAUCUGCCCAUGGGAGGCCUUCAACCAUCUGGAGCUGCACGAACUGGCCCAGUAUGGCAUCAUCUAGCGCCAGAGCCUGACCCAGAGCCUCAGGGCCGUACCCCCUGCUGCCCGUCCCAACCUCUGCUCAGGAUUCCUGUGAGGAGGCCGGCCCUCCGAGGGUACCCAGAUUGCCCAGUUUGUGUCUGGAGCCCCUUGCAGGGUGGCAUCCUGAGGCCCCCAGAUGCCAGUUACUAGAAGCCCACCAGCUCCCUGCAGGACACCUCGGGGCCGGUCAGGCCCUGCUUAGCUUCCAGAAACACUGGCCCACACACCUUCGCUUAGGGCUGGAAAGCCAGAGCAGGGUCUCCCAGGAAUGUCCCUCACAGCCCGCUCCCAUCCUGCGGCCUGGUGAUGAGAACAAGCUCCUCUCGCUAGCCCUUCUCAGCUGCCGCCAUUGGGUUGGGUGUGUGUGUUGGGAGGGGGGGAGUCCUGACGGCAUCUGGUGGCAUCCGACCGAUACCCCUCCAAACCCAUCACCGGCAGGAAACGCCCUUUCCAAAAUGGCCCAUGCUUGCUGUUCUGUUUCAAAAUUAAAUUCGCAUGCCCCUACUCGCUCAGCUGGAGUGGGUUGUGGAUGGGGGCAGGGCCAAGAACGUGGGUCUCCGGCAGGUGCGCAGGGGUGAAGGUGCAGGGUGGUGGGGGCAGCAGGGGUCCGGCUAGGCUGAGAGGGGAGGAAGCCCACUAGACGCGGAGUCUGUGAGGCUGGGGGUCCACGCAGCCAGGCUGGCUAGGUGGGAGGCAGCCCCGUGCCCGCCCGGCAGGCCUCACCCAUCUCCUGGGUGAGGCCCAGCGACAGCUCACGCCAGGAGGGAGCGCUCGGCCCCGCCUCACAGAUGAGGAGACAGGUGCAGAGAGACCGGGGAAUUCGCUUAGUGGCCCAGCCAGCCUGUCCUUAGCUGUCCACUACUGCUGGCCAGGGGCCCACCG